AUGGCUCGAUCUUCCAUCUUCCAUGUGUUGCUGCUAGCAACGUUAUUAUUACCAGAGCUUCUGUUGGCUGGCCCUGUGACCCAGCGUUUAAAAGGAGACGAUGGAAGCGAUGAAAAGGCAGGCGUUGAGGCAAGCCCAAAGAGGCUAAUCCGCAACAGGAGAAACAUCAGUUGGUACAAGCAGCACUCUGACUUCUGGAGCUGGUACAAAUACUUCACUGACAAUGGGAACCAAGAGGGAGUUGCAGAGCUGGAUCGCGUUUAUCUGGCUUACUUGCAGAACAAGAAUCGUGCUGAGUCACGCAGUUCCUACAAGUUGUACCUGCAGCACCUUGGCGACAUCUACAAGUCUUGUGCCGAGUCUGAUGACCCAAACUGCGUGGCCUCGUACACCAGCAGACCCAAGCCCAAGGCUGAGGCACCAGCGCCUGCCCCUGCCCCAGUCAAGUCUUGUGACCCUUACAGAGACCCAUAUUGCAUGCACUCGAAGGGAUACUCAUAUUACCCCUACUUGGCUCCGGCCCCAGCUGCUGUCAAAGCCCCUGCACCUGCUCCAGUGAAAGCCCCAGCUUAUCUCCACACCCCUGUGGUGAAGGAUUCACGUUCCAGUUACUACUACUACUCUCCGUUGGUGCAACCCUUCCUGUCAGCUGAGAAGAGAGCUGAGUUGUUGCGCAUCUGUGAUGCAGAAGAUGUUGAGUGUCUCCAGUACCACCUCCGUGCUGCUUACGGAUACAAGCCCGCUACUGCCCCGGCCCCAUCCUACGCCCAUCUCGGCUGCGACCCAAAGACAGAUCCUCACUGCGUACCCCAUCUGGCCCAGAAGGCGCCGUCUAGUCUGUAUCUGCGGUAUCCCCAUUGUGACCCUCGGGUUGACCCAUACUGUGCUUAUGCUGCUGCUCUGGCAUCCUCGCAGAACCUCGAAGCCCCACCUUCUGGUUUGGAGAGAUCCUGCAACCCUCUCUAUGAUAAUAACUGCAACCCUCUGACAGCCACAAGGUUUGGAAGCUUGGCCUCUGAAGAUCUGAAGGACGAGCCCGCCUCCGAAGCCGGCGCCAUGCGGGUACCUCCGAGCCCUCGCCAUGACCCUUACGCCAUGUACCGAGAUGCAUCUGCUGGGGCUGACCUGCGAAGACACCUGCCUACACAGUUCCAGCCUCCAAGGCACCAACCGGAGGAAACUCAACAUCCUUUGGGACCUCGCGGGAAGACCAAAGAGGGAUAUGACUGUUUCAUCGGGUAUGAUGCAGAGUGCUUCCCACUGGGUUCUCAAAACGAGCCCCGUCGUGCUGUGCACAGACAGACGUCCUACCCGGCCGAAGCCUACGAGCCUCACCUGAAUGCUGAUGGAUCCAGAAAUGGGGUGGUCGAGCCUGAUCCCGACUGCGACCCAGAGUACGACAGAAACUGCCGCUUGCGCCGCUACGAGGCGGCCGAACCCGCUAGUCCAUCACCACAAGAGGAGCAUCCUGCUCAGGAGCAAUCCCAUGAGGAGGUCCCCCACCAUCGAGUAGAGUCCUACCCUGAGACCCCAGGCUAUGACCAGCAGCAAUACGAGCCCUACAUGAGUGGACAAGAGGAUCCAUAUGCAGGAUACGACCCCCAGGAACCAGGAGCGACUAGUUUUCAGGAUGUCCUGAGAGGAUAUGGUGGUCGGUAUCCUGGCCAGGAUGACCACCGUGCCUACAAUGGAGACUACAGAAAUAAAUAAAUCCCUGUGACAAUGUAUGCCAAAAAUAGUAGAUCAGGACAGAAUGUGUUUUUUGUAGAUAAACAUUGAAAUGCACACUUAAGGUGCACAUAAGUUUUACAGGAUUUCACUUGGUUCACAUAAUAUUUCCGAGAGCUGCUGAAAUUUCCUAGCUCUGGAGUUUGACAGCACUUUUAUAGGGAUUUUUGUUUUGUUUCUUACUGAUUCUUUACGCCCAUGUAACCUGGUUGUGUGUCGCAGCUUCUCUAGGAGAUUGACUGCUCUAUUUUCUAAUGGAGGAGCACUCUUCCUAGCUCUUCAUAUCUUUGUGGAGGGAAAAAUAAGCCAAACAAAGUGUAUAAAAGAUCAAUAGUGUACUUAAAUAUCCUGUAAUCAUGAUCACCUCUCCCAUUUUGGUUAGAUUCACCAGACAAUCUCCCUUCAAAUUAAUAUUUAAUGAACUUCUGGGCCCUUGCUUAUUUGUAUUCUUUUUUAAAUUGAUGCUUUGUGAUUUGUUUGCAUAUUUGUAAGAUGUUUUUCUUUGAAUGUUUCAAAUAAAAGCUUUAAAGAUCUUGAGCUCUUUUUAUUAGCAAACGUAUGAUUAUUACUGACAAACAACCUAAUUUAACAAACAAAUAGUUUUUCAAUUUAAUACAAAUAAAUGAAAUAACAUUCUUUUU